AUGGUAUCACAAGAAAAUCCACAAGAGGAUAAUAUUACAGAACCAUUGAUUGACCCAGAUAACUCUUUACCUCAAUAUUCAGAAACCAGUUCUUCUCCUUCAAGGUCUAUUCCGACACCUAUAGGCUCAACAGCUUUCAACAUGAGUUUUGUAUUUUCUCUUCUCGUAAGCGUUGGAGCUUUGCUUUUCGCUAGUACUGUUUGGUAUAUAACAAGUACAGCAGACUAUCUCUUUUUUAUCUGGCACCCAACUUUAAUGAGUUUGAUGUUAUUAAUGACAACAAAUGGUAUUCUGGUUCUUCAAAAGGCGGAAUCCAGACAAGAAAAAGUAUCUAGCUUAAAUUUUCAUAAGGCAUUGCAAUCUAUCGGUUUUUUGAGCGUAAUUGGAGGUUUUUAUGUUAUAAUUACAUUUAAGAAUAUGGGAAAUAAAGAGCACUUUGAGUCUCCUCAUGGAAAAUUCGGGUUGAUCACAUUUUCAUUGAUUCUCAUCCAAACAAUUGCCGGAUCGACUUUGGUGAAUUUCCCUGGCGUAGUUGGUGGUGUUGUAAAGGCCAAAGCUAUGUAUAAAUAUCAUAGAUUUUCCGGUUAUUUACUUUUGGCAUUUAUUUGGUUGACAGCCCUUGGAGGAACCCAAAAUGCUUGGGUCAAAGCUCAAUUUGAUCAUCUUUGGGUUUGGUUGUUAGCUACCGGAAUGGUGUUUGUCGGAACUGUUGGCAGAAUUAAAUCAAACAAAUUGAAAGUUUGGUAA